AUGGACUUCAUUUAUGUAUUAAAAUGGUAUUUCCAACUCCAAAAUGGAUUGAGUUCAUAUGCCUACUGUCUAAGAGAUGAGAAUGGAGACAUUAUAUUUGCAAAAGGUGCCAGGAUUGAAAAUACAACAAGUACUAUGGCAGAAGCAGUUGCAAUUUUAGAAGCCAGCAAACAUUGCAAGAACUCUCAAUAUAAUCAGGUCAUUAUUCAAACUGAUUCUAUGUUAAUGUGCAAAGUGCUAAAAGGAAAAUGGGUCACCCCAUGGGCACUUUCAGAUAUUGUGGAAGAAAUCAAAACAUGCUUACAAGAUAAACAAUAUACAUUUCAACACAUUUUGAGAGAGGGAAAUCAACUUGCUGACUACAUAGCAAACAAAGCAAUAGAACAGGGACCUGCAGAUAUGAAGAUUUCAAUAGCUUUGAAUCACACGGAAAGAGAAUCUUAA